UCCCCGUUGUCGGCCAUAUUGGAGUGUGUUUCCCUGGAGCGCGAACGGUUUCGGAGCGACCGGGAGCGGGUCGGAUCGGAUCGGAGCUGGAGCGAAGCGGAAUGAACUGUGCCGAGGAGAAACGCGUGGCCGGCCGGAGGAAGAAGAACAAACGGGGAUCCGGCAGCAACGGCAGCGCCAGUGCGGUCGCCGGAGAGAGCCGCAGCCCCAGUCCGGCGGAGGGGACGCCGAGCCCGGCGCACGGCGAGCAGCCGGAGUCGGGGACCGGGACAGGCCCAGGCGCGGCCAGGGAGCAGGCCUCCCUUACUGUGCACCAGCUGGCAAAGGACUGUUGCUUGUUGUGUCAUCAUGAACGUAAAGAAUGGGGGACUCAGCAGAAUGGGAUUGUAGAUCUCAAGAAGCUAGCCAAUUCCAUGCCAGCAUUGACACAUGGCCUUCUGGAGCAUAUGCCCCUCUGGAUAUGUCAGACCUGUCAAAGAAGAGUGGAGGAAGAAGAGCAACGCGCAAUUAUUGAACAGGCUCUAAUGGUAAAAGUAGGACAAAGUGAAUGUCAGGCACAUAAAGAAAUGACUGAUGAGUCAGUGAGAACAUUGAUGGAAGGAGAUGGCGUUUCCAUUCUCCACAGGUUACCAACAGAAAAAUGUCAUCACUCUGCAAUCCACUGCUGCCAUCAAUUGCAUAGACAGACAUUGGCAUCCAGCGCUUCUCAUCCGCAGCAACUUCAGUCGUGUGCAACCACUCCUAAUGGCAUACAUACAAAGGAAUCCAACAGGAUAACUAGUGAUUGUUCAAGAUCGCCCUCCUGUGUCUCGGCAAAAAACAGUUCUGUGCAAUGUAAGAAUAUGUCCAGAAGGCCACCACCACCAGGUGGCGAGUUUCACUGCACAGAAGAUCACAGGUAUUCUGUCCUUGCAGCACCUCCUAACAGUCCCACAGGCUUGUCCUCUCAUCAACAUCCUCUUACAGCACCAAAGUCUCCUGAAGUUGCAAAUGAGUCAGCGGUUACCAUCCAACAGCAUGGACACCCAACUUCUACAACCCAAUGUACUGUACCACAUAGCACUGUAUCCUCCUCCAAUUCAAAUAGGAAAACGCCUGUGGCAUCUGGUAUCCCACAAGUUCUGCCUCAUGUUCACAAGACCUCUGCAGUUUCCCUGACUAAUAAUCUGUCUCCGGAUGUGUCCUUGAUUUCAAAAAACUCUGUUGCUGCUUCUACAGGUGUGCUUGUGACCCCAGUGCCUCCAAGUGCUAACUCUCAUAUUCCAAACAAUGGGUUAUUCCCAAAGACUACAGCAGCUGCCCCUAUUUGCACCAGCCAUUAUAAUGGAGCCUGCCCAGUAACAACGACACCAAAUCCAGCUGCUUCAAGCAGUGGAAUCUGCAGGGACCAGUCAUGCAAAAGUCGUUUGUGCACAAAUGAAACCGCCUAUAGUCCUACACGAAUGCACAAUGCAGAUGAAAGUCUGGAAGAAGAUGAUAGCUGCUCAGAGCACAGCUCAUGUACAUCUCAUUCUGCCAAUCAAAAAGAAGGAAAAUACUGUGAUUGUUGCUAUUGUGAAUUCUUUGGUCACGGACCGCCUCCUGCAGCUCCUACAAGUAGGAACUACACUGAAAUCCGGGAGAAGCUGAGAACACGGCUGACAAAGCGCAAAGAAGAGCUCCCACAAAAAGCAAGCAAUGGGUCAAUCCGGGAACCGCCUGUGGAUGAGAGGAAUGUCGAAGAUCUGUUAAACUACAUCAACAGCUCAGAGCAGAAACCAGCCAACAGCACCAAGGCAGCUAAAAGAGCACGGCACAAGCAGAAAAAACAGGAGAAAGCUCGUUCUGAGUUAUUCGAUCAAAGGCUUGAGAGACCAUGCCCUUCUUCUAUGCAUAUUCAAGACUUGGAGAACGUUUCUGUGAUAAAUCAACACUUACAAGAGGGCAUAGAAGAGAAGGUAUUGAUAUUCAACCAGCAUGUUCAGGAUAAUAUAGAGGAGAAAGUUUCAAAGCUGAACCAGCACUUACAGGAUGAUAUAGAAGAAAAACUUAAUCAGCGAGAGCUGUGGCACCAAGUGGAGUUGCAGCGUGUAAGUAGCAUCUUAACCAGCAGGUUGGAACAGCUUAAAGAUAGGAUUAGAGAUUCCAUCAAAGCAAACUUUAAUAUAAGUGAUUUGCCCAGAGAUGAUUUUUCAGAGUUACCACCUAUUGGGAAGGGCUUCCUGAUAGACAAUAAUUCCACCAUGGACAAGGAAGAGGCAAAAAUAAUAGACCAUCAGAAACUCAAUUUGAACUUGUCCUUGACAACAAUGCCAGGGAUUGUGCAGAACCAUUUGUUGACUGGAAAUAAGCACACAGUUAUCGCAGAUCAAGAUAACAGUGGUUCUAAUAUGCUUGUACUUGAAAAUUCAUUAGGAAAGAAAUCAACAGGCAACACUCCAUUAUCUUCAAAGGUUGAAAACACUUCAGCAUCUGAACUAGAAGAUGACGUUGCAGUGGUGGUGCAUAAAUCUUCAUCAGAGCAGAAAGUGAUAGAUCAAGUAUCAAAAAGUGGAAAGCAGCCAAGGCAAUCUAAGCAACAGAUUUCAGAGGUGACCAAGAGUAAAUCUGUGCUUUCAAGAAAAGAACAAGAGCAACCUCCAAUUCCAAAAGUACAGGGUUCCAAGCAGUCCACUGCCAAACAUAAGGCAAACCAGAAUCAUGAUGGCAAGUCAGCAGAUGCUGUGAAGACAAUGAUUGCCAAAUGUGAAGAACCCCGACAAGGCAAAGUGAAGGGAGUCUGUGUUCUUAGCAACUCUGAAGCUGGUGAGGUCAGGAAAUGCAACACUAAAAACUCAAACACCGAAAAGCUGGAAGGCCCUGAACUUAAGGGAGUUAAAGAAGAGCAGCAGGCAUUAUCUGAAAUGUCUCAGUCAAAGGGAAAGAACAGGAAAGGCAAAAAGAAGAAACAUGACAAGACCAACAAUUCUGUUGUACAGAGAACUGCUGAGUGCACUGAAAAGCAAGAUGGUGUUCAGGCAUCCUCUGGUGUAGCAAGACCUAAACAAAGUGAUGAUGUAUUUCUCCCUAAAGACAUUGAUUUAGACAGUGUGGAGAUGGAUGAAACUGACCGUGAGGUGGAACAUUUUAAGAGGUUUUGCCUUGAUUCUGCCAAACAGACAAGGCCAAAGGUCUCUGUAAACUGGUCUAACUUCAGUCUGAAAAAGGGUCCAAAUACAGCUCAUUGAAGAGGGCAGCCAGCACCUGACGAACAGAAACUGGAAUUGCCCUGCGGUUAUCAUCCUUACUGUGACGGAUAUCAGCCUGCUGUCACAGCUCAAAGCAAUUUGCUGUGACGUACGAACAACUUGCUAUUGCGUCAUCCACAUCCAGUGCCUUAGCAGGAGAAGUGCACGUUUCUAAGUGGGUGGCAUAAUUGUUUCUCGGGUUUGUUUAUUGUGCUUUACAGUCAUUGUGAGAAAUUUUGUCAGUAGUGUUGACACCAGUGGAGCAAAUUGAAAUUUCAAUAGAAAUCAAUAACAUAAUUGUAAAGUUUGGAAGUUUACUAGAUGUAUUUGAGCAGACAAGUCGGAUGAAAUGUGGAAUAGGAUACAGGUGUCCACCCCCCCCCCCCCUUUACAAAGGUAGAGUGUUCCUGUGAAACCUUUCUUAAGCCGAAACGACGUAAAGCGAAGAACCAUUAAUUUAUGUGGGAAAAAUUUUCCUAAAAGCGAAAAAACCUCUUUGUAAUGCGAAAGCGGGUUACUAAUGUAGGCCUUUUGUAAAAGUGAAGUGGCGUAAAGCAAACAUCUGUAAAGCGGGGGACAAGGAAGAAUAUAAAGAUGUUUGGUCAUUAAAGUGACAGUAAGGCAGGGCAGUCACAAUUCAUGGCACUUGAGGAUAGUCUCUUACGCAGUGAACUGCAAAUGGAACUAACUUUUAAGAGAAUAUCUUGCUCUUAAAUCUAAAUAAAAUCAACCAGCGUAAAAAUCAAAUAAACAUUGAACAUUUUGGACUUUGCACCGCCUUGAGUAUAGCUUUAAUUAGCCCCUUUGACGAGAUGUGUUUAGUAACUACAGUCCUAAUAAUGUGUCCAUAGAACUGGAGUAAAGGAACAUUACCCAUAGUCAUCUUUGGAAAUGUAAUUCAUUGAUAAAGCAAAGACUGCAUAUGAAAAUUACAGUACUAUGAUGUGUUUCCUCAAUUGGGAGGAUAGACCACGUGCCUUUUGAUUUUCAUUUCUCUUCCCAGUUCUAAUGCUGAGAGUUUUGAACUUAACAUUUAUAAAAUUGGAGGAAAAAUUGAAUUGAUUACUCUUUAAAAUUGCAAUCUAGGUUAGUACAAUCUGAUUUUGCCUUCCUGAUUUGAAUUUGGAAGGCAUUCAAAACAGGAAAGUUUAUGGGGAAAUUGCUGAGGUCAUUUGAAAUUGGCUUUGAAGGAAAAUAAUCAGAUUUUUGUAUGUUUCAAAUUAGCAGGCUAAAUUUUUGACAGCAAUAGAUGAAAGCUCGUACAAUGCUAUACAGAAAAUGGCUCAAGGCAGUUAAUUGUGUGCAGGCAACUGCAUUGGUGCUUAUUUUAAACACUACCAGGUAGUGGUGAUCUGCCCAUUAUAGGAGGUGCUUUGUUGCAAUGGAAGCCUCAUUUCAGCAUUUUUGAUCCUGUUCAAAUUUUUCUUUUUUCUCAGUUACACCAUACAAGCUCAGAAAUACAUAGCCCCUGUCUUCACAACAGCCUUUUUUUUAAAAUAAAAGCCGUUUUGACACCAAACCAAUACUGGCAGUCUUAUUGAAGUACAAACUUUAGACUGUAAAAUCUAUGACAGAAAGUUGCAGUGCUAAUGUCACAUAACGUGGUCUGAAAAUCUGGUGUUGCCUCUAUAGUGGUUGGAAAUAAGAGUAACUGCAGAGCUGCAAGCUCUUUAAAAUGAAAAGUUAGAUUUACAGUUUGGCUGUAGGUUGAAUGUAGAGCUUGAUCACCAAACAAUUGCAAACCUUUACUGACUCCGUACAACAAAUUAACCACACAAAGAUCAGGCUCUUUGAUCAUGAGCCCAGUAACACUGUAUUCAACCCAAGUACAGCCAUCAAUUAGGCACACAGAACAUGAUCUCCUUGGUUAUUUCUAUUAAAUACACUGCUGCAACUAAAUUGAUUCUUUCUCCUUUGAAAAUUAUUUUCUAUUCCUUGAAUUGCUGCCACAUCCUAGCCAAGAAUAAGAUUAUAAUUGCCAGAAAGAAAAGAAAUGAUUUGGCCAUGUGGUAUCUUCAUGGUGCAUAAGUAUUAACGGUUGAACUGAUGGUGAUAACCAGCUGGUUGGUAUCUUCUAUAAAUCACGGAGUAGACCGCAUUUUGCAGUAUAUUAUACUGUAUGUUAAAGACUUGCUACUGCGCCACCAUAUUGGAGUGUGUAGUGGUGACAAGAUACAAAACUGUAGUGGCCGACCCACUUUCAUAUCAUGAUCAAUUUCAAGCUUGAAUGGUAAUUGAUCAUUUAUGAUAAACUUUAUAUAUAUGUUUAGAACCACAUUGUAAAUAUCCUGUGUAUAGUGGUGUCGCUGCGGAUGGUGCUCAUGCACAUCUGCACAUUGCAGAAAGACAAAAUAACUUUAUAUUCAAGUGUUUUUAUCUACUUCAGUAAUUCUUAGUACAGUAAAUUGGCUAUAAUUGUUGUAAAGCGCAUUUUACGUGAAGAUUUUAAUAAAGUCCUCACCAAUGUGAUGGAAACUGAAUGAGAACUUUUCUGUUGUGUAUUAGUGAGUGUAGCUGGAUUUGCAGUGGAACAUAUGAUUCAUGUUGCAUCCUUUACUUUUCAUUGUUGUAACAGGUUAGUCUUGUUGCAUCUCCAUGAUGUAUGAGCCAACAGAGCAGCAGUCUAUUCCCAUGAAGUGGCAUUAUAUAUUGUAGUAUUUGCUUUAUUUGUUUUGUUUUUAUACGAUCAGCUUAGCCUAUGUCCUGUUUUUACUUGUCCUGCUUAUAUUGUCGUUAAAUUCUGUUUUUCUUUGGAAGAAAAUAAGUACAGUAAAUUCUGGUUAAUUGGGACACAUCAGGAACAGUACAUUUUGGGCCAAUUAAGUGGCAGUCCUGAUUUAGCCAGUUUCAUGGAAAUCGUUUUUAAAAAAAGAGUAUUUUAAAAAAGACAAACUACCAUAUAAGUAAGUUUAAAAAUUAUGUAUUUGCCUGAAAUACAGAACAAUUUAAUUUAGAAUACUACCAAUACAGUGUUAUAAAACUGUUCAUUAGUUCCUACUAGUUAUCGACAGGAACUCAACCAGAAUAUGUUGCCAUGUUCUUUUGAUUGACUGUAAAUGAACAAAAUUAGUGCAGGCGUCUAGUGCAGAUAAUGGCAUGACUUCAUAUAAUGCUUUAGAUGAUUACAUCCUCCAUAUCUUAAUUUUAAUUGUGGCAUUUAAUUUUAAUUCUUCGUAGUUCCCAACUUUUUGAAGUAGUUAAAUAGGUAACUGAUUCAGUCACCCUCUUAAACUUUCAUCCUAUGUUCAUUUCUAAUUUAAUUUUGAAAAUUAUUGUUAAUUUUUUACUUGAUAAAAUUAAAAUAUUUUUCCAUUUUAAUGACUGCUGGCUGGAAAUACAGUGGAUUCCAGUUUAUUGGAACACAUUGGGACUGAGUAACAAAUUAUGUAUUUAAAUAAAAUACAGAACACUUUAGAACACUAACAAUCCUGCUACAGUACUAUAAAGCUGUAAUUCCUGAUAGUUAUCAACAGUCAAAGUAAUCCAGUUGUAUGCUGCCGUGUUCUUUUAAUUGACUGUAAGUGAAAAAAUCAGCACAGGCACCUAGUACAAAUAAUGGCCUGCCUUCAUACAAUGCAUUCAACGAUUGCAUCCUCCAAAUCUUCAUUUUCAUUGUAACAUUCAAGAUGACUUUUGAUAACUUCAGAUGUUUGAAACCACGAUGAGCAAAACAGUUCCAAAUUGUCUUACUGCUUAGUUCUCGCCAACUAUCAGUGACAAAAAUCAGCUUAAAAACUUUUUGCUCAAAACACUUUGUUAUGUCGAAUGGUCAUAAGUGCAUGUGACUGACACUAGUUAGAAACUGUUCAGCAGCAAUCUCCUGUCCUAAUUAAGUGGUAUUGUGUCUGAAAUGAACGAAGGAAAUCCCAGCUAUUUUCUCAAUAUUUGUUCUUUAAGUAUUGUUCCAAAUAAGAGGCUGCCCUUAUUAACUGGUGGCUCAAUUAACCAGAGUCCACUGUACUUGUGCUGUUUGUAAUGGAUGCUGCGAUGAUAUAUGAAUUUUGCCUGAAUCUGAUAACCAUCUCCAGAACUCUCAGCAAGAUUUAAAUUGGAACACAUUUCAUAUUGUAUGUUGGACUAAGCCCUCUGGAAGAAAUGUUUUUUUAACAAUUUGAAAUAGGUGUAUAAUUGCAGAAUAAUUGUAGGACAAAGUAAAUUAUGGAAUGAAAAUCCAUUGUGUGUGGCAUGCUUCUUCUCACACCUGCAGUAAAUCCCAGGAAUGUUUGUGAAAGCGAUGCCCGUCUACUGACAUGUUUUCAUGUCUACAUCAUAAUGUUAAGCAAUGUGUUUGAAGUAGCCCAGUGCAGUUUCCAAAAUGUGACAUAUUAUCACUUUAUAAUCUUGCAUUUGGUUGUUUAAUUUGUAUCUGUAAGGUUUUUGUUCCAUUAUAUGUAUCUUUAUUUUGUAUUGUAACAAGAGCAUUUUUAUCUACUUCAAACCAAAAAUUGUUAGUUUUAUAUGAUUUUCUGGCAACAGCCAGCCUGAAUUUAAAGAUAGUGGUGUAAGCCAAUGCUCUGACUGUUAAUUCUGAAAAGAAUGUAGGUUUCUAUUAUGCCGGCCAAGACUUUUUGAUAUCCUUUUUUAAAUUAUGUACUGUGAAUUGUCUUUCAUUUGAAAGAUAAAUACAAUGUCUUGAUGAAGA